AUGAAUCUUUAUCAGCGAGACGCAGCAAAGGUCGUGUACCCUGAGUUCAAGCUCAAUUCCUACAAAGGCCGACUCGACCCUGACCUCUCUAUGACACAUAUUGAGCCGGGCAAAUCUGUUGUAGACCGCAUCGGCACGUUUACUAUACCGUUGUACGAUGAUCUUUUGCGCGGUCUGCGUCAUUUCCCUUCGGGACUCGACGCUCGAGUACUCACCGAGUGUCUGGCUUGGUACAAGAGUGUACGCGAUACGUUUAACCCGCCGCUGCAGUUCAACGUCUUGCACACCCAGGCACUGUCGCGCGUGCUCCAGGUGCCGCUUAAGCCAUAUGGACCACAGAACCUGGACUAUCUUUCAUUGAUGGAGUGGAGGGAGAAGGGCGAAUUCAAGACUAGGCCUAUGGACGAGAACAUCACCACAUCGACGUCGGUGCAAGACAUGGACAGUGGGAACAAGAAGCGGUCACACCUAAAUAUCAACAUGGACACCGAGGAAGUCACAAUGGAGUAUAAGAUCCGACUUCAACAUAUCUUUACCUUCCCGUUUGUCGCUAUGCAGGACCUUAUAGGUGAAGCGUUCACGAUGGGGAUCAAGAAGGCUGAGGAGAGGGCAACAGCACGUGGAGUUGUCUUGACUCCAACGACGACGACAACCAACGACCAGUCUCUCGCGUUGCCUCUUACAACAGCAAACCUCCGCGCUCUCCUGUCUCCGGUUAGGGAACCGACGCCUGCCCCGGUAGCAAACGCAGAGCCUCCUACAGCACCGCAGCCACAGCCGUAUGCUUCAUGUGGCGAGUUGCGUGGUGAGUUCCAUGAGCCGUAUAAUCAUCUUGAAGCAUACGAGGCGCGUGGUGAGCCACGUGGUGGUGGUGUGAGAGACUACGGACAUGCAUCUGGGUCUGGGUCUGGAUAUGGUCAUGGACGUGUUGGGGACUACGGUCAUGAAUCUGAGUCUGGAUAUGGACCUCGAUAUGGGUAUGAAUACGGACAGGGUGGUCACGGUGAGCACUAUGGGGCCAACAGGUACGAGGCUGGAUACACCAGCAGCCAUGUUCAGCAGUACCAUUAUGAUUCCUAUCGCCCUGUUAGUCGUCAAGGUGGUAGUUUCGGUGGUGGUAAUGGCGGUCGUGGCGGUCGUGGCGGUCGUGGCGGUCGUGGCGGUCGUGGAGGUCGUGGAGGUGGUCGUGGAGGUGGUCGUGGUGGUCGUAGCUUUGGUCGUCGUGGUGGUAGCUUUGGUCGCGGUGAUGGAUAUGGACAUGGUUCUGUGUAUCGCUAA